UUUCUCUCCUACUGCACCUGUAUGAAUGGUGUAUCCUCAAUCCCUUUAACUCCUCUCUCUCUCUCUUCACCAAAUAUCUCUCUCCAUUUUUUUUUUUAACCUUUCACAGGCACCACCAAUUUCCCCACCCACCUAGGCUUUUAUACAUCCGUUGUACAAAAAAUGAAUAGGUGUAAGGCCUUGGUGGGUUGUGAUGGUGUUGUUUGUCCCAAACCUCGUCGGGUCGGGUUAUUCAAUUCUUCAUAUCUUCAAUCCAACGAACCUAUAAGACCUUCUAGAUUCGUUCAAAUCAAUAAUCAGCAAUCGGAGGCUUGUGAUUUGAAAGCUGGUACUGAACUUCUGGAUAUCAUACUCACCAAGGGGAAUUAUGAUAUGGAGACGCCCAAUUUUGAUAUGGCUUCAUCUCCACCGUUCUUUUUCGGGUCUCCACCAAGCAGGGCAUCGAAUCCCUUAAUUCAGGAUUCCGAAUUCAGCAACAGCAAUUUUGUACCUGUACUUGCAAUUCCAGAAGGAUCAGCUGCACCUUCACCACCAACCCCCUCCGCCUCCACUCGUAAGAAUGGAGGAGGCUGUGCUCCUGUGAAAUUCGGGAUCAAGCCAGCUACUGUGAGGAUCGAAGGCUUCAACUGCCGCAGCAGCAUUUCUGCUGUUGCUUAGGUAAAUCCUAUCAUCGACGAAAAAAACCAACGGAAGACAAUAAAAAUGUGAGAUUUUUGGGGAGAGUUGAGUUACCAAAACGAAUUCGUUUUAGCUUUGUAUAUAUAGAGUGAUAAAAGAAAGAGGGUUGACAUGAGUUAUAUUUCCAAAACCAUUCAAAUCCUGUUUGUGAAUAUGUUUAUUAGGUGAUGAAUGAGUGAGUGUUCAGUUAAUAUCGCGAAGAAAUAAUACUCAAAGAUGAGAGAUAGGCCAAAAGAUUGUCCACUUUCCUUUGGGAUUAAAUUAGGGUUCUUAUUUUUAGCAUUAGGCUAAGUUUGUAUUGAGUAUCUAUUGUAGUGUGAGAGAGUCAAAAAGUGAGACUUCUUCUUUGUGACUUAAAAGUUUGUCACUCUUAUCCUUCCAUUGUAAUUGUAAUCUGAAGGAAAAGAGAAGAUAGUCUUCUUAGACAAAUUCUUUGUAUCUUGUAUCUAUUCUAUUAGCGGUGCUAAUUUCUUUGUCAAGCUUUGAUGAGCAAUGAUGUAAUUAUAUAUAGUAAUGUUUUAGUCA